AUGGAUCAUACGUUCUCAAUACAGCCCAUUGGCCGGUUCGCUGGCCAGAGCGAGCCCGAGUUCGCGUGCUUCUCAUACGACGAUGAGCAUCAGUACCAUUACGGAGACCGGUCUCUCAGAUGGUACUACACCCCACGGCUGGGGGCGGACCUGUCCCAGGGUUUUGAGACGUUCGUGAAGCACGACGACAGUGUCGCCGAGCACCUGGAUAAUAAUGUCAAGCCCAUUCGACGAUCAUUCAUCGAGGAGAAUCACGCGUACCGGCUGCGCUCGCAGGCCGAGCAGGCGGCGCAGCCCUGGCGCGGGCCCAUUCCCCAGGAGGUCAUGCAGUUCUGGGGGUACAAGUUCGAGACACUGGCGACGCUGCCGGCUCCCUGGGGAGAGACCAGCCGCGAAUAUAUUGAGGGCCGCGAGGAUGAGGUCGUCAACAAUAAGGCACAAUACUGCUCGGUCGUGAGGACCGGCCUGGGCAAGACGGUGCUGUGCCUCGGCGGCGAGGUCGAUGCCGUCUGGGACUCCAAGCCCUCCAAGGCCGGCGACCCGAUCAAUUGGGUGGAGCUCAAGACGUCGGCGGAGAUGCGCAACGACCGCGACCGCGACAACUUCGAGCGCAAGCUGCUCAAGUUCUGGAUCCAGUCGUUCCUGCUGGGCGUGCCGCGCAUCAUCGUCGGGUUCCGCUCGCGCGACGGCGUGCUGCAGCGGCUCGAGGACCUCGACGUCGCGUCCAUCCCGGACACGGUCGCGCGGCGCGGCCGCCAGUGGGACGGCAACGUGUGCACCAACUUUACGGCCUCGUUUCUCGCGUGGCUCCGGACCAAGAUCGACGACGAGGGUGUGUGGCGGAUACGGCGGCGGGCGAGGGAUACGCACAUCGAGGUGUUCAAGACGGAGGAGACGACGGGCCACGGCAGGAUACUGACCGACGAGUUCAUCAACCACCGCAUCAAGCUCGCCCUACCGCCUGCGCCGGAAGAUGGCGACGGUGCAGAGCCAUCUUGA